ACGGUUGCUAUGGAUGUUGCUAAGGACUCUACUAAACCGGGAAAAUCACAAACUCAAUGUGAAAGUGGACAAGGAAAUCACAGCGAUGACAAAAACUAACAGGAAAUAAUAGUUUUACAGUGGAAACACCAUGUCUACAGAUAAAGCAAAACUUCUUCGGAGGCCUUUGCCCCCCAAAAAGGUUCCCCCCAUUAUUGGACCUCUGCCCCCCUGUACACUUUCAGGCACGGUUGUAGAGUCGAUGCCCUCAGUGAGAAGGACUGGUAAAAGCAGCGCUACAAAGUGGAGUGAGAACAGCUACCAGAUGUCCCUGUCAGGGGACGAUGACCUCACUUUCAGGGUUCCUCCUGCCUCCGCUCAGACCACCGCUCCCUCCAUGCUGCUGUCUAAGAUGAGUGAAGGCUUUCCCUGCAGGCCCCCUCGCACCCUCCCCAAAAUCCCCCUCCUUGACCUCCUUCAGACAGACCGCCGGUACAAACCCUCUCCCCCCAGCUUCUGCUUCAACGACUUUCUGCGGAUCCAAAAUGGCGGCGGUGCAGCCCAGUCGCCGGAGGGCCUGGAGGAAGCUGUCCUGUCUCGCUGCAACUACCGAAAACUGGUGGACCUGUUCCUGGCGGAGCUGCACAGGAGCCGGCAGACAGAGGUGUGGAAGCAGCUCAUGUCCUGUGACGCAGCACAGGAGCCGAAGAGAAGGGCUCCCUGGAGGCAGGUGAUGUGUGAGCUGACAGCAUUGAUCCACAUGGAGGUCCAGAUUACUAGUGGACAAACCGGUUUGGUAAGCAUGGCUUCCAGGUGUGAACAGAAGCAAGUUGAAGUCUGGUCUCCGGAAGAAAGACAGGCUAUCCAAGCAACUGAGGUGAUCUUGAACUCUGUGACGACCAAACACUUCCAGGGUUCACGGCGCACCACCUCCCCGUUCAGCCAGGGUGGAGCGGGGGGAGCGAUGAGCCCCUCGGAGCUAGCCAUCCUGGACUGCCUGUCAGAGGGGGGCAAGGCCCUCAGCUUGAAGGCCCACUUCAUGGCUGUCCUCCCUGAUGUGUCUCAGCUGGCACACUGUCUGGUCUACCUCAACCUGUCUUUCAACGACUUCAGGGUCUUUCCUGUUGAGGUCUAUGAGCUCACACGACUGGAGACCCUGAAGAUGAGAGACAACCCCAUCGAGGACAUCCCCUCUGGCCUCCACAGACUCUUCAGGCUCAAGAUCUUCAUCAUCUCCUUCUGCAAGAUCUCCUCUCUGCCUGCUGAACUGUACCAGCUGCCCUGCCUGCAGUGUCUGGACGUGUCGUACAACUUCCUCUCCUCACUGUCCAGUGACAUCCACAAUCUCAGAGCCCUUGAGCAUCUGAACGUGGAGGGUAACCAGCUGCCUGGUCUCCCCUGUGGGGCCCUGAGCCUACCCAUCAGCCAGCUCAACAUCACCAACAACUACAUGCACCGCGUCUUCACCAGGAGCUACAGCAGGACCUCCCCACAGACGCUGGGCCACUUAUCCACCCACGCCCUCUCGCUGGCCCUGGCCGGCCUGCACCACGCCAGCCUGCCGACAGAAGCACAGCUGGCUCUCAGCAGGGCGGGGGUGUGUGAUUGCUGUCAUGGCCGUCUGUUCGGCCCAGGACUGAGGAUCAUACGACCCUGUCAAAACAUGUUUGGUCUGCGCAGAGUUCCUUUCAUCUUUUACGCCUGCACUCCAACUUGCUACUCAAACUUCAGGAACCAGACGGAUAAUCUGUCAAGCCUACUGUAUGGAGAAGAAGCAUAAAUCUUAACUGAGACUGUGUUAGAAUUUAACAUUUUGAUGUUAACUAACUUUAACUGACA